AUGGAAUUACAUCCAUAUAGACGAUAUUGCAUUAUACAAUUUAUUCUUUUAUUAGAUCUAAAUUACAUUUCCGAACGUCUUUUAGUCAUUUUGUCCAAUAAUGAUCUGGAUCAUGUAAAUUGGUCUCAUAUUCUUCAACUGAUAUCUGUUAUGAUCACAUGUAUUAAAGGAGGUGUGUCCACUGUUAAAUUUAUAAUUCAUCAACUUUUAUUGUCAUUAUUCAAUUCAAAUAUGAAUUAUAUCAACAAUGAUAAUGUUGAUUUAGAUUGUUUACAUUUAUUAGAUGAUGUAUUUAUUCAUAAAAGUCAAUUGAAUGUUUUAAAAUCAACUAAACAUGAUAAACAAUUAUUGAUAGGAGUUUUAUUAAUUGCACGUCAAUUAUGCUCAGAAGAUAAUCGAUUAACUGGGAUAAAUUAUAAACAAUGGUGGAUGGAAACAUUUUGUAAUCCAUUACUAUCAACACAUAAUAAUAAUAAUAAUACACAGAAUGUACUUUCAUCACGUUGUGCUGUAGUUUAUUUUUGUGAUUUACUCAUUGAACUAUUACCUUGGGAAACCGAUCCAAAAUUUCUACAAAUUCAAGUCAACACUCGACCUAAUUGGUUUAAUCCUGUAAAAAGAUCAAUGAAUAAUAAUCGAAUCAAAAUUCAUACUGAUAAAAUUCGCAUAAAACCGACUGAAGUAAUUGUGUUAUUCAAUGAAGAUGAGUUAAUAAUCCCGAUUGAUUUGGAAUGUACAAAUAUGAUAACUGAUAGUAAUAAUCAUAAUCAUAAUACCUACAUAGAAUCUUGUAUAAAUCGAUGGAAUGAUUAUUGUGAAAUUGCACAAGGACGGUUAGCUGAAUUAAGGGAACACUGUUGUGCAACAAAAAUGGUCACAACGGAUAAAAAAAUCUCUGAUUGUCCAGAUGCUUAUACUACUCCAGGAUGGAGUGAUGUUCUAAAUUGGCUAAAUGAAAUCGCGACACAACGUACUGUUGAUUAUUGUAGUGGUGAUAUUUCUAAAUGUCGAUUACCGUCCGAAUGGAAUGAAGUAAAUCUGUUUCGUCCACGUUGGCUUCGAUCUACACUGAUUCCAGCUUUAUUAAAUGCACCUGAAAUAGAACAUUUAUCAGCCGAGUUAAAAUUUGCACGUGAACAAUUAUUACAGGGGAUACGGUCAGCUGGUUUAUCACAUUUAUUGAAUCAUACAGAAGAGAAAACCUCUACCACAAAGACGACUACGAAAGCAACAACAACAACGAAGAGGAAGAAGAAACGACCAACGUGUACUCCAUAA